CGGCUGGAACCGUGGGAGGAACGGGGAUCAAACCCGGCUGGAACCGGGGCAGGAUCGGAGAUCAAACCCGACUGGAACCCAGGGAGAAGCGGAUAAAGGACCCGAGCUGGAACCGGGGGAGGAUCGGAAAAAGGAACCGGGCUGGAACCGGGUCAGAAGGGGAUAAAGGAACCGGGCUGGAACCGGGGGAGGAUCGGAUAAAGGAACCGGGCUGGAACCGGUUUAGGAGCCGAUAAAGGACCCGCAGGGGUGGCGGGAGCGAUAAGGGAGGAUCGGGGGAUCAAACCCGGCUGGAACCCGGGGAGGAACCGAUAAAGGAACCGGGCUGGAACCGCGGGAGGAGCCGAUAAAGGAACCGCAGAGGGGUUUUGGUGGGGUCACAACAGGAACCGGCGGCGCCUCUGUGAAGAAACAUCCCAGGAAACGCCGAAGAUCCCCAAGGGCUCGUGUCCUGCACUGCUCCUGGUGCUCUCUGCCCCCCAUGGCCCUGCUGGCCCUGCUGGUCCUGCCUGUGGCCACCGUGGCCACCGUGGCCAGUGGUGUCCGUGUGGAGCCCCUGCACUGGGUCCCGGACGCGUUCGAUGAUCGGUACCGGGGCUGCGGCGAUGCCAUGAGCGCCAUCCUGGAGAACCUGAGCGACGCCGAGCUCCGGCACAACCAGAACCUGACCCGGCUCUGGGACCAGGCCACGGCCGAGUGGUUCCGCCGCAGGUCCCGAGACCCCUCCCGAGAGCCCUCCCGAGAGCCCUCCCGAGAGCCGUCCCGAGAGCCCUCCCGAGACCCCUCCCGAGAGCCCUCCCGAGACCCCUCCCGAGAGCCCUCCCGAGACCCCUCCCGAGAGCCCUCCCGAGACCCCUCCCGAGACCCCUCCCGAGAGCCCUCCCGAGACCCCUCCCGAGAGCCCUCCCGAAACCCCUCCCGAGACCCCUCCCGAGACCCC